AAAUUAAAAGAAAAAGAGAGUUCCAAGUAUGCUAGGAUUGUAAACGUAGAAAAAAUUCCUCUAAAGAGUCCAACCAUGGAGAUACCAAUGCCCCAACUCAGACUGGCUUCUUCCAAAACCAUCCCUGCUUCUCCUUUUUCUUUUCCUUCUUCUUCUUCCAAACCACCUCAACCAAUAUCACUUCAUCAAAACAUUGCAUGUGCUAAUCCUCCAGCUACGCCUGAAACUGGGUCGUCUUCAGUGCAUGUUCUUGAUGCCACAGAGACAGAUCUACCCAAUGGCAACAACACAAUCCUUGAUGUUGAUUCUUUUGAAUCUUUUCCUCCUGGAUACAGGUUUUGCCCUCUCGACGAAGAACUUGUCGUACACUACUUGAAAAACAAGGUACAUAGUCUGCCUUUACCUAGAAACAAGAUUGUGGAGCUUAACCUUUAUAGCUACAACCCUGAAGAGCUUGCAGAGACGUAUAUGCAAUAUGGGGAGAAAGAAUGGUACUUCUUUACAUCAAGGGACAAGAAGUACCGCAACGGGAGUAGACCAAGUCGAGUAGCUGUUGGUGGAUACUGGAAGGCAACUGGAGCUGAUAAACAUAUCAAGUAUAAGGGUGCUGUGGUUGGAUAUAGAAAGGCACUUGUUUUCUACACGGGCACCCCUUCUGAAAGUACAAAAACUGACUGGAUAAUGCAUGAAUAUAGGGUCCGUGAUGCUCCUCAAAGAAUCAGAAAAAAUGCUGAUGACUUGACUUUGGAUGAUUUUGUUUUAUGUAGGAUAUAUAAGAAAGCUGGGAAAUCCAUCAUAACUCCACGCACAAAUGAGGAAUCUGCACGGUUUGAUGAUAAAGAAGCUGAUUUGGUCAUUAAAUAUAAUGAUUCCCCAGGUUACUCCAAUACUCUUGUAGAUUAUGAGCAGCCUUUUCAAAUUUCAGUUCCAGCCCAACAGAUUCCAGCUGCAUUUUCUGAAAAUCCUCAGUUUGACAACUUUCAAAUUAAUAGCAACUAUGAUGAUCAACAAGCGAUGCUAGCAGCAGCUAGUCAUGGCUCCUAUGGGGCUCCCUAUAUGACUCCAAUGGUGGAAACUGCAGUUCAUCUACACCCCACAGAGGACAUCUUCACCUCCAAAUAUCUGAAUGAGAAUUCUUGUGUGUUUAAGUCGAGAACUUUGCUAGACGAGAGGGCUUUUUAUUCAGAUGAUGGGAAUCCCAGCUUUCCUCCCCAGUUGAGUAUGGUAAGUCUAGAAAAUAUUGUGUCCAUCAACCAUCAAAAUAACCCCUCAAAUAUGUAGUUAGCUUGUGUGGGUGAUAUGAUCUGAAUUUUUUAAAUUAUUUAGUUGUCUAUUGGUUAUUUGGUGAUCACCCUCUUUAGAAACGAUUGAUAAAUAUCUAUUUUCAUUGUGAUUGUGACUGUGAUUUGGUUUAUUUUCAAAAUUAGACUCCAAAUUUAUUUCAUUGUAGCCAUGA